AUGCCUCAAUCAAAACCUUCAACAACUGUAACGAAAGCUGCGUCCAAGUCCGAUGAGGCCACACCCGAGGUCAAAAAAACCGAAGUGGUCAAAAAAACCGAGACAGUAGUAAUCGUUCCUAGUGACACUCCCUACCAAUUGAACAAGGAGCAGGUCCUCAAAGCUUCCAAUGCACUCAUAAAAUUCGUCGGAAGCAGGGAAGACAAAAGCGCCAAAAAAAACUUGCUUAAAGAUGACGAAGACUCAAAUGAACGCGUCCAGGCGAUUUGGUUGAACCUCACAACUAAGAAGUUCAGUACUGACGUUAGAAGGUUGAAGCCUAUCCAAAUUCCCCUCCCCCACUCCAUUCAUGAUCUAACCACCACCACCGUCUGCCUAAUUGUCAAAGACCCCCAGCGCACCUUCAAAGACCUCAUCGACGCCGCCGGUCUCUCCUCCACCGUCACCCGCGUCAUCGGAAUCAGCAAACUGCGCGCCAAGUUCAAGUCCUUCGAAUCUCUCCGUCUCCUCCGCGACUCCCACGAUCUCUUCCUCGCCGAUGACAGCAUCGUCCGCAUGCUCCCCCCGAUUCUCGGAAAGACCUUCUUCCAGCACACCACCAAGGUCCCCAUCGCCAUCGAAACCCCUCCAAACAACGCCGAGAAACUCAAGAGGAAGAUCGAGAAGGCCCUUAGCUCAACAAUGAUCCAUUUGACCCCCAGCGCAAACACAGGCAUCAGGGUCGCGCUGAGUACCUUCACGGGCGAGCAGGUCACCGAGAACGUCCAGGCGGUCGUGAAUGCCGCGUUGGAGAAGAAGAAGCUCCCUGGUGGAUGGCGCGGGGCAAGGAGUAUCCAUAUCAAGUCGCCCAGCUCGGCGGCACUGCCGAUAUGGAUGACGCCGCAACUCUUCGAUGAGGAUGAUGUGCUUUCGGCGGAGGCGGCCGCCGCAAAGGACCAGAAGUUUCUCGCGAAACAGGAUAAACAAGCCGCAAAGAACAAGGAAAGGGCGCAGAGAAAGAAGGAGAACCAACAAAGGAAGGCUACCCUUCCGCCCGCGGAUGAAGAGGCCGAGGCUGGUAAGCGUAAGGAGGAGAAGAAACCAGCGGAGGAGAAAAUAACGAAGAGUACGGAGAAGCUCGUAGAUGCUUCUGUUAAAGAGCAGAUGAAGAGAAAGCGGGUGGUCGAUGUACUGGAUAAGGGCCUGGAUGCGAGUGUGAAGGAGGCUAAGAAACUGAAGGCGAAGAAGCUGUAG